GCCAGUGGUGACCCGGUGCUUGCCCAGAAAGGUCCUGCCUUGCCAAAAGGACUCUGACGCACCAACGGUUACCAGCUGACUCAGAGAAGAGAAAGAUGAAGGAGACACUUUUUGUGACUUUCUAAAUGGAGAAGGAGCAAUAAGAGCUGCUGUGACUUUAUUACGGGAGGUGGAAGGAGAGGAACAAUGUUGUAGAGGAGGAGUUGUGUGGACAGAGCUGAGCAGCACUCCAUUUACAGAUCUAGACCGGGUGAAGCCUCAUGGUGCAGACGUGACAGCCUGCAUUCCAGCUGCUCCGGUCGGACCCCGCUGAGGAGCCUCCUCAAGAUGCAGUCCGCUCCGGACAACCGUUAAACGGCGAAGGCGAGCCUGCAGCAUCCGCGAAGGACGCGGGCGCGCGCGCGUGUGUGUGUGUGUGGCUGGGUGGUGGGGGCUCGUGAGUGUGUGUUUGUGUCACCAUGAGUCUUGUCUCGGGCUUCCCUCACCACCCGGUCAUGCACCAUCACGACAGCCAUCACUAUUCCUUGCAUGCUGCGACUGCAAGUCGAUGUCACGAGGACUCCGGAGCUCCUCCUUACUUCACGAGCUGGUUGAUAAGCCACGCGGAUAUGUCUCCCACUGAGUACAGCCUCGCGCCCGGCUACAGUCCAGAGUACCAUGGCAACAACAGCGGCGGGUCUACCGGUGGCCUCGACCCCCACCAUCACCAUCACCACCACUAUGGGCCCGGCAGUUUGGUUCCGGGGACCGGGACCAUUUCCGUUAAUGGAGCUACGGUCGGUAUGCACCUCCACCACCACACACACCCUCGGACUGUGAAGCGGAGACCUACGGCCAACCGUAAAGAGAGGCGGAGGACCCAGAGCAUUAACUCGGCCUUUGCGGAGCUGAGAGAGUGUAUCCCCAACGUCCCAGCAGACACCAAGCUGUCCAAGAUCAAGACACUGCGGCUGGCUACCAGCUACAUCUCCUACCUGAUGGACAUCCUGGACAAGGACGGACAACACGGAGACACACAGGCUUUCAAGGCCGAGCUGAAAAAGUCGGAGGUUAGGGAGGAGCGGAGGAAGAGAGAAGCGGUGGAGAUCCCUAAGACAACUUCAUCAUCAUCAUCACCAUCAUCCUCGUCCUCGUCGUUGUUCUCCUCAUCAGCAGGCGAUAAGAAGAGUAAAGGACGAACAGGGUGGCCUCAACAUGUCUGGGCUCUGGAACUCAAACAGUAGCGACACCCUCACUACAACAACAGCACUCUUGUUUCCACCAGCUCUGCCCUCAAAGACUGUGACAGCAUCGACCCAAUCUGACGAACUGUAUUGUCUCAGCUUCACACAGAAAUGUAAACGCUGUGCAAACGUGUAGCCUAAAGCUCAAUUUCCUUUAUAUUGAUGAGACCAUUGGCUUGCUUGUUGCGUAGAGAUCCCAAAAGAACAUCACUCCCAUACUUUCAUUAAGAGACCUCUGUGACUCUGUGCUGUGUAAAGGUUUAACUUCGAACCCUCAUUUCCUCCAUACAUUUUACCACGACAGAGAAAUCUCCCAUGAAUCACAUAGUCUUUGUUCUUUUUCUUUUAAAGUAAUAGAAAAUUAUAACACAAAGUUGUAAUUUACAUACACUUAAUGGGGAAAAUGGCAACCAUCCUUUUCUAGUAAUUCAGUAUGUUUGAUGCCAGUGGAAGACUAAUUGAAAAUACAAUGAAUGUCUGCGGGCUUAAGCUACAGAGCACAUGUGCAUUAGAGACAAGUCAGUGGGGUCUAUGGGGUUAAAUAACUCACAAACUAUUAUUAAUGUGUAUAUUUGACCUCAGAAAUCGAUAGGGUCUACUCUUACAUUUGUCGCGCAUCUAACAAACAGUUUUGCGGCAGAUAUUUUCACUGUCAGCUUCUCGAAGACCUCAUUAAAUCAUUUACAAUGGUGUGCGGCAAAUCAUUUUCCUCUGACGCAAAUCAGAAUGCGUCGGGGAUAGGCCAAACCAUCUCUUUCUCUCUCUCUCUCUCUGUGUCUCUGUCUCUCUCUUUCUCUGUCUCUCUCUCUCUCUGUGUCUCUGUCUAUCUGUGUCUCUCUCUCUCUCUCCAAACACACACACACUGGGUGUUGACACGCUCAUAAUGUACUUGAUGAAAUAUAUUUUUAUGUGCAAUGGGACCGAUGGCCACAACAGCCUCUGAGUGACAGCGGACAUUCACUGUUGCUCUUAUUGUACCACAAGGUAGGCUUAUGUGAAAUUCUCCUUCUGUGUUUCCUCUCAUAACUUUUAAUUGUAAAUGUGGUGACGUCACGGUAAUGAAAAGGUAUCCAUGUUGUGAUGUGGAAAAUGUGGUGGGACUCUUCUAGUGUGGGAUGUAAACAAUGUCAUAAAUUGAAUAAACCACCACCUGCUUAUGGUAACUGGUGCAAACUGGGUUUCUUUCUUA